CACAGGCUUCCAGCCGCCACGGGGCGUCCUCUGUCUGCGGCAGCGGCGGCGGCGGCGGCGGCGGCGCGAGCGGGCGGCUGCAGCCUUGCCGGCUCUGGCUAGGCUCCGCGCCCCGGACGGAGUCCGGCAGGAGCGCGAUCGGAAGGAGACGCCGGGGCGAGGAGGAGCCGCGCCGCGCCCGGCGCUCGCUCUGCCUCGAAUCCCACCUCCCCCCCACCCCCCAGCACCGCGGCCCCAGGUCUGUUGCAGCCAGCAUGAUUGUGAAUUGACAAUACACGGAGGAGGAGCGUGAGCUCGUCAGUGCUCAGGAACUAACAGUUUGCAAAGCCAGAGGCCAAAGCAGGACUGAAUCCCGAAGGAGGCAUCAAAACAAGGCUGUCGAGGCACUGUAAGUGAGCCAGUUCCCGAGAAGUGAAACGUUUGGCAUGUCAGAGCUACACUGUCUUCUGCGGGACUUCCUUGGACCAGCUUCGUAAAACACCUUUAUGAAUACAUUGUUUCAAUCAAGGCCUGGAGGGACAGGUAUCCGCCUUCUUCUCCUCAGGCCGUUUUAAGAGUCCAAUGAUCUCCGAAGGGACCCUCCGCCCAGCUGUCAGAGCACCCCAACACCCCAGGGUGCUUGUAAUUCAAUGGUAGAUGCAGCUGGAUUUGAGAGCAUUGGCCCGUGUCCUCAGGAGCUUCCUCAAAUAAUGGCUGCAGCAGCUGACGGUUUGGGGAGUAUAGCCCUGGACACCACCCAGCUCAACAUGUCUGUCAGCGAUCCCACAGCCUGGGCCACAGCUAUGAAUAACCUGGGCAUGGUUCCUGUGGGGUUGCCUGGACAGCAGCUUGUGUCUGACUCGAUCUGUGUGCCAGGCUUCGACCCAGGCCUCAACAUGAUGACUGGAAUCACCCCCAUCAAUCCAAUGAUACCAGGCCUGGGACUGGUACCGCCCCCACCCCCAACCGAAGUGGCCGUCGUCAAAGAAAUAAUCCACUGUAAAAGCUGUACUCUUUUCCCCCAAAAUCCAAAUCUGCCACCUCCUUCCACAAGAGAGCGGCCUCCGGGGUGUAAGACGGUGUUUGUCGGAGGCUUACCGGAAAACGCUACGGAGGAAAUUAUUCAAGAAGUCUUUGAGCAGUGCGGAGAUAUUACAGCCAUCCGGAAGAGCAAGAAGAAUUUUUGUCACAUUCGCUUUGCAGAGGAAUUCAUGGUUGACAAAGCCAUUUACCUCUCGGGUUACCGAAUGCGAUUAGGGUCUAGCACGGAUAAAAAGGAUUCUGGCCGCCUUCACGUCGACUUCGCCCAGGCCAGGGAUGACUUUUACGAGUGGGAAUGCAAGCAAAGGAUGCGCGCCAGGGAGGAGCGGCACAGGCGCAAACUGGAGGAAGACAGGCUGCGGCCGCCCUCACCACCCGCCAUCAUGCACUACUCGGAGCAUGAAGCUGCCCUGCUGGCCGAAAAGCUCAAAGAUGAUAGCAAGUUCUCUGAGGCCAUUACGGUUCUGUUGUCCUGGAUAGAACGUGGGGAGGUGAAUCGGCGCUCAGCAAACCAGUUCUAUUCGAUGGUUCAGUCGGCCAACAGCCACGUGCGCAGGCUCAUGAAUGAAAAAGCCACCCAUGAGCAGGAAAUGGAGGAAGCCAAGGAGAAUUUUAAAAAUGCCUUAACCGGGAUCCUCACUCAAUUUGAGCAGAUUGUGGCCGUUUUCAACGCUUCUACCAGACAAAAAGCUUGGGACCAUUUCUCGAAAGCUCAGCGCAAGAACAUAGACAUUUGGCGAAAGCAUUCUGAGGAGCUCCGCAACGCUCAGAGUGAGCAGCUCAUGGGCAUCCGUCGUGAGGAGGAGAUGGAAAUGUCUGAUGACGAGAACUGUGACAGCCCAACUAAAAAAAUGAGAGUCGAUGAAUCAGCCCUUGCUGCUCAGGCCUAUGCCCUCAAAGAGGAGAAUGACAGUCUCCGGUGGCAACUGGAUGCCUAUAGGAAUGAGGUGGAGCUGCUGAAGCAAGAGAAGGAACAGCUCUUCCGAACAGAAGAAAACCUCACCAAGGACCAGCAGCUACAGUUCCUGCAGCAAACCAUGCAGGGCAUGCAGCAGCAACUGCUGGCCAUCCAGGAGGAGCUGAACAACAAAAAGUCAGAGCUAGAGCAAGCGAAGGAGGAGCAAUCUCAUACGCAAGCCUUGCUGAAAGGCCUCCAGGAACGAUUAAAAGGCACCAAGGACUUGGUGGAGACAAACGGCCACAGCCACGAGGAUGCAAAUGAAAUCAACGUGCUGACGGUUGCCUUGGUUAACCAAGACCGAGAGAACAACACGGAGAAAAGAAGCCAAGGCUUGAAAUCCGAGAAGGAGGCCCUACUUAUAGGCAUCAUAUCAACGUUUCUUCACGUCCACCCUUUCGGAGCUAACAUAGAGUAUCUGUGGUCAUACAUGCAACAGCUGGACUCUAAGAUAUCUGCCAACGAAAUCGAAAUGCUUCUGAUGAGGCUGCCACGCAUGUUCAAGCAGGAAUUCACUGGCGUGGGAGCAACGCUGGAAAAGAGGUGGAAGCUGUGUGCCUUUGAGGGGAUUAAAACGACCUAGCAGACUGGCCCGGAAAGCCUGAAGUGAAGCCCUCUGAAGCCGGCCAAGGCUGUACAGCGUAGGAGCGGGAGGACUGGGGUCGGCCAGCCGUGGGACCUGUGCGGAGCCACCAAAGCCUUGUUCAGUGACAUCUGUGGCGUUUUCUUGUGCGUGGAAAUGUAAUUGUGUACCAGUUCCUUAAACUAGACAAAGCCUCAUACUAUGCCAGACCUGCCCCUAUGAAUACCAAGCAAUGACUCCACAGUCAAUGACGACAAAAAAAUCUCAGAAUAGGCCUUGUUGCUGAGCAGAGCACUGAUCAAAUGCUUAGCGAAUGGCCGCGUAGCAAUGGUGGUUGCCAGGCUACCGAGUUGUAUAUGUAUAGCUGAAAGCAUUAAAUGACAUUUUCUUGAAGGUCUUUCCGUUUUAGUUAAUAAAACAAACAAACGAAAAAAAAAAAAAACAACAAAACAAAAAUGUGAUUUUACAGUGGGGGAGAAAAUCAUACCAAAAGAAAACUUGAGUAUGUGUCUGAACAGUUAUUGUAUUUUGUAAAUUAAGUUAUAUGCUGUUCCAGGGACUUUUGCCUUAUUGAAGAGGCGGAAAACUAUGAUUGGACUCCUUGAGAAUGCUUUAUCAAGGAUAUUAUUUUUCUAAUGUAACGGUUCUCCAUCGUGCGUUCUUUUCACAUGGACUGCAUAACGAUUUUCAUAACAUGUAAAUAGAAGGAAGAACCUGAUGCUGUCCCAUGCUUGGUAUGCAACAUUCAGGUUUAUGCAUUGAAACACAUUCGGAAAAAAAUAUUCCUGUUACAAAUUUUAUAGCAAAGAUACUAAUUUUUUUCAAUAAAUCUUGACUUCUACCAUA